GAAUCACUGUGAUUGGACGCGGUAAAGGUCGGGUGAUGUUCGUAAUUUGUUAGUUAUUACGUUUGACAUAUCGGUGUGCCGUUUUUGUUUUGAUCAUUGCUUUUGUCUAAUGAAAAUAAAUAUUCGGUAGACAACAAGACACAAUGACAGAUCCAGGAGGAUGGUCUACAACGCAAGAUAAUGAUUUUUCUCAUUUUCAGUCUAACGACAGCUUCAAUUUAAAUGAAGUAACUGGUAUUGAUGAGCUUCUUACGAACUGUGAAAGUGAAUUAUUGAAAAAUGAAAACUUAUUCAGCGACGAUGCAUUAUUGUCGCAAUUGGAGGACAUGGAUACGGAGGAACUGGAUUUUUUGAAUUUCAGUAACAAUAAAGAGUUGAAGGAUUUCAAAGAAUUUCAAGAAUUUGAGGAUCCAAAUGUUAUAAAAUCUGUACAAAAUGGAAAUGUAAUUUUAGCCCCAACAAUAACUGAAAACAUACAACAAAUUCCUUGUGUGUCUCAACAACAGUCGCAGCCACAAAAACAACAGCAGCAGCAACAACAACCACAAUUGCAGGAUAUAACAUCCGUACAAAAUAGGGCACAAAGAAUAUCUGUUACACCAGCACCUACAGUGUUUAGUUCACAAUAUGCUAUUCCACAAAAUGUGAACUUCAGUGUCCAAUCACCUGUCGUAACAAUAGCACCAGUUACUCAACAAAGACAACUACUUCUGCCAGCUAAAUUGAUAAAAUCAGAAUCAGUUGUUUAUUCUAGAGGUUCGCAGGCUGUUAAUUCAACUUCUGUACCGCAUCAAAUACAUACUCUAGUAAACACUACUAAUGGAACAGUUCUAACUGGUAUUCCAGUUGUACUAGACACCGAUAAAGUACAGAUUAAUCGUCUAAGUACAAAUACGCAUGUAGGUGUACCAAGAAUAAAAGAAGUAAAACGUAGCGCUCAUAACGCUAUAGAACGACGCUAUAGAACAUCUAUUAAUGAUAAAAUCAUUGAAUUGAAAAAUAUCAUAGUUGGAGUAGAUGCCAAGUUAAAUAAAUCAGCCAUCUUGAGGAAAACUAUUGAUUAUAUUAGGUUUCUUCAACAUUCUAAUGCAAGAUUGAAACAGGAAAAUAUGUCACUAAAAUUGGCAGCACAAAAGCAAAAUUUACGCGAUUUAUUAGUAUGUGGUGAGCUGACACCACCUAGAUCUGAUUCCAGUGAACCAUCUUUAUCUCCAGCGCCAGCACCAUUAUCUCCAUCAUCUCCACCUUCCAUAAAAGAUGAUCCAGAUAUACUGCAGAAUGUUCAUUCAACGUCUGUUCUUACAAAUCAAGGAAUGAGAGAUCACACCAGACUCACACUGUGCGGAUUCAUGUUGCUGUUUUUAGCAUUUAAUCCUUUAGGCCUCCUCAUGAAUAAUGUUAGAAAAUUCAAUUCCGACUAUUUAAAUACAAAACUGGAUGGCCGUACAAUUCUCAACUAUCAAGAUCAAUCGGAUUAUGAACAUCCAAUGUGGAGUAAUGUAUUUUUGUGGCUGACAAACGUUGUGCUGUUAAUUAGUGGGCUUUGUAGAUUAUUGUUAUAUGGUGAUCCAAUAGUACCAUCUGACAGUAAAAUGUUUCUCGAACUUCAUCGAUGGAGACGUCAAGCGGAAUUCAAUAUAUCAAAGAAGGAAUAUGGUCAAGCCUGUCGAGAUUUACAUCAGUGCUUGCAAUAUUUUGGUCGGCCGUAUCCAUCUUCACGUACAGAAGCUUGGCUUGCAACUAUGUGGCACAUUAUAAGACAAUUGCUCCAUAAAUUGUGGAUUGGAAAAUGGAUCUUGUAUACACACAAAUGGUUCUCCGAGAAAAUUACGCAGCAACAAGCAGAAAUAUCAGCUAUGGAAAUAGCUAUUAUCUACCAACACAUGUUAUGCAUGCGCUUAUCAGAAGGAUCGAAGAACGGAACGUUAUACCUUGCACUUUCCUCAAUGAAUUAUGCAGAGGCUAGCGGUGAAACUAUUCCAAAGUCACUGUUAGCGGAAAUAUAUGUUAACGCUGCGCUUUGCUUUAAACAGUCGCUAUUUCCGUUUGUACAUAAAUAUUACUUGGGAAAAGCACGAACAUUACUGUCAUCGUGUGCAGUUCCACCGAAAUUGAAGUGGAUAAUGAGCGAUGACGGUGCGAAGUUUUUAGCAUUUCAAAAAUGGCAGUACGGAGAACAACCAGAUAAUGAAUUUACAUGUCAAAGUAGUAAAGCUGAUCCUCUAUCAUAUGCGUCUCGUGCAUAUAGAGAUUAUUUAAGUGGACAUUGUUUACGUAUUUUAACUGGUACCACAGAUGUUCAUUUGUCUUCAAUAUUAGAAUAUGGGCAGACCAUUAUGGACUCUGCUGGAGUAGAUACCGGAUUUCUGUGCACCGACCAAGUUACAGUUACACAUUGUGAAGAUGACAUUGGAUUAUGGUGGGGUGCAGUUUUAUAUGUAGCAGCAUGUUGGAGAUUAAAAGAAGACGAUUCACAAGCAUGGAGCAUCGUCGAAAGUAAAUUCCCUUAUGAACAAAAUUAUCAACUUUGCAAUAAUAAUAACAGUAUUAGUCCACUAUCAUAUGCUGUUUUAAAUACUUUGCAAGCGGCAAAAUCUACGACUAAGUCAACUGCUAUGCGUUUUAUUGAUCAAGCUGGAAUUUUGCUCGAGCAGAGUUUAGUUUACUAUAAUUGCAAACAACAAUCAUCUCAAAAUGUUUUGCUUACUCAGUUGUGGAUUUGUGAUUGGUUACUCGAAAUGCGAACUACAUUGUGGCAAGAAUUAGAAAAUGAUUUACAAAGAACAACUAUGAAUACAUGGCUUGGAGGUUUCCAACAUGAUUUAGCUUGUUUGAGACAAUUAUGUCAACAUAUUCCUUCUACAUUAACAAGGGUAUUCCUUUAUGAAGCCACAGCACGUAUAAUGGCUGGAGCGACGCCUGUAAAAACUCAAAUAUUAUUAGAUCGUAGUUUACAUCAUAGAAAUUCACGUUCUUCGAUUAUUUGCGGGAAAGAUCGUUCCCAAGAUCAGUACAGCGGAGAAAGAGAACAUGCAAUGGCUUUGUGUUUAGCAUGUCAACAUUUACCUGCAUUGUUAUUAGCAUCUCCAGGGGAACGUGCAGGCAUGCUUACAGAGGCUGCUAAAUCUUUGGAAAGAGUAGGUGAUAGAAAGCGACUUCAAGAAUGUUACAAGUUGAUGCGUCAGUUGGGUUCUGCUAUUUCUGUUAAUUAAUACACAAACUGAAAAUGCAUAUUCACGAAGAGCCUCUCAUUACAAAAGAAAAGUAAAUUGAUAUUGUACGCUGUGCUAAUUUUUUUGUACAUAUAUUUUAUUGUAACAUAAUAUAUAUACAAGUAGAUUUAAGG